AUGACAGUCGGCGCUGGCGGCCACCACAGUAGUAGCAGCAGCAGCAGCAGCAACGGCGGCAGUAGUGGCGACGCAGAGACACCAGUAUCCGCGUCAAAAGCCUCGUUUUCUCCCCCACAAUCAUCACAACCACCUCCGUCAUCAGCAUCAUCACCAUCGACAGCGGCACCAGCAGCAGGAGGAUCAGAUGGGGACUCAGGGAGGGCUGCGGUUGUGGUAGACACACCAGCGGAGACGCUGGCGUCAGCUCAAGCGGCUCGUCGUCUCGCCCUCUUUGGAAGUCGUGCACUCGCUGCCGGCAGCAAAGGCCGCUUGUCCUCCAGCCCUUCUUCCUCUUCAGCGGCGGCAAUGCCCACGACAACAUCCCCAACCACCACCUCCACUUCCUUCUCCUCGCGCACACAGCAGCCGCACGGGUUGACAUCCUUCGGCGCCCGUCGCGGUGAUAUGGCGGCGUUCAUCCGGCCGGACGGCGCUCUAUCAUCGCAGGGGAAGUACCUCGUGGUUGGCGACGGCAUGAUGGCGCCGUUCAUGGCCCUCUGCCUGCGGGUGCACGGCCUCGACUGCGACCUUGCCCACCACGUGAGCCAGAACGACCUCGACCGCGGCACGAUUGUCCUGACGCCGUCGCUCACGCAAGUGAUGGGCGACGUGCUGAAUGUCUCCGUCCCGAGCGGGAGUGUCGUCGGCCGCAUCUUGACGUUCGACCACGUCGGCAACGACAUGUGCGACAUUGACCUCAACGAGUUCCGCGAGAAGGGCGAGAGCCCGACAUUCUUCUGCUGUGACCGCCUCAAGGUGGAACGGGCGCUGCUGUCGCUAUGCGAAGUGGGCGCCCACAGCUGCCACGUGCUGCCGAAGCCGCACAUCGACAAGGGCGGCCUCGAGCCGCUGCAGGACGGUGGCGUGCGAGUGCGCUUCGCCAGCGGCAUGCAGCAGGACUACCUUGGCGUCAUCUGCACGAGCCGAAGCCAGGAGCUGGUGCCGGAGCUGACGCUCACCAAUGAGGAGCUGCAGCAGCGCGCGGAGAACGGGGAGAAGUACCGCGCCAGCCACGCGGCGGCGGUGCGCUGGAUGGAGCUGUGCGUGCCGCCGCUGCCGGAGCUCGGCAAGUUCGAGAAGCGCUUCACCCCUGGCUCGCAGGAGAUCGUCGAGCUGCUGACCCCGCGUGACGCCAAGAUGACGGUGCGGCCGACCAUGAUGGCGACGAAGCUCUUCUACAACGUCACCAUCACAAUCCCCGACGGCACCAGCGACCCGCGGCUGCGCAGCACAAGCACGAAGCAGUUCUGGGACGACGUCGUGAUGCACUGGACCUCCGGCGUGCCGGGCUACAUCCCCCACACCAUGUUCCGCCCCAUGAUGACGCACAUGCAGCAGCAUUUCACCAAGAGCAGUGCGCUGGUGUACCGCUCCCCGCUCUUCCUCAUGCCGCACUGGUCGGAGGGCGACGGGCGUGUUAUUAAAGUCGCACAUGCCGUGCACGGCUCCGCCUUCGACGCCAUCGACGUCUCUGAUGCGCAGGGAUUCACCGACUGCUUCGGCCUCGCACGCACCAUGGCGGGCGGCGAUGAUGUGCAGCAGUACUUGCGCGAGCGGCGGCUGCAGGUCAUGGAGGAGCUUGACCACCACGCGUUGCUGCUCAACUACGGAGUGAAGGAGCGCGGCCAGCUCGCGUACAUGUCAUCCCGCUUCGCCAUGAAGAUAAUGCGGCGGUACAAGAAGAGCUGGCGCAGUAUUCUGCAGAACUACGUCACGCUGAUUCCAAAGAUAGCGAAGUAA